ACAUGGGACUCUGCUAGUUCCAGUGAUGUGAUGGCUGUGAAUAUGCAGAGGUUUGUCAGUGAGGGUAAAGGGAAUGGCUUGCGUGCUCUUCGUGAAUUCAAAGCCGGUGAGGUGAUCCAUUCGAGCGAUCCUUAUGCAUUUUGCAUAGCCAAGGAUUUCUUGAAAACCACCUGCCAACAAUGUCUCAAGAGAGGUGAAAGUCUUCUGAGAUGUUCCCAGUGUAAGACGGCCCGUUACUGCAAUGUGCAGUGUCAGAAACAAGCAUGGCCCGAACACAAGAAAGAAUGCAAAUAUCUCAAGCGCCUCCAACCACGGAUCCCCACAGACUCUGUUCGUCUGGUUGCAAGAAUCAUUUUCAAACUGCUUAGCCAAUCAGAAAGUGACAAGGAUGAGAUGUACUCGAUAUCUGAACACCAGUCACAUCUAGCUGACAUGAGUGAGGAGAAGAAGGAAGCCCUGGGGCAUCUCUGCUCUACCCUCCAGGUGUAUCUCGGUGAGGAGAACUGUGAUCUAUCUCUACUACCGCCUGGCCUGGACCCCAUCAACCUUCUCGCCAGAGUUACCUGUAACUGUUUCAGCAUCAGUGAUGGAGAGCUGCAGAAUGUGGGGGUGGGGCUUUACCCCAGCAUGUCCCUGCUGAACCACGACUGCCAGCCAAACUGUGUCAUGAUGUUUGAAGGCAAGAAACUCACACUGAGAGCUGUUCGGUUCAUCAGAACCUGCGAAGAGUUGACUAUAAGCUACACCGAUGUCCUUGCGCCCAGCAAAAUGAGACAGGCCCAGUUACAGGAGCAGUACCACUUCCUGUGUCAGUGUGAGCACUGUACCUCUAAAGAUAAGGACUCGGACAUGCUGCCUGGAGAGAAGACAGCGUGGACGUCCUUAAGAGACACCAUCCCUCACCUGGAGCACCUUCAGUCAGAGCAAAACUGGGAGGAGUUACUGCAAGAGAGCCAGGUUCUUUUGGACAAGUAUGGUGAUGUUGUUCCAGACAGGAACAUCUAUUUGCUCAAGUUGCUGGAUCUGGCCAUGGAUGCUUGCAUCAGCCUGGAUGACUAUGUGAAAGCAUUGGAAUAUGGCAAUAGGGCUCUGGAACCUUACAAAUUCUACUACCGUGAUCCUCAUCCAUCCAGAGCGGUGGAGCUUCUGCGGGUGGGGAAGCUUCAGCAUUACCUAGGCAGACUGGAGGAGGCUCAGGGGAGCUUCACACAGGCCUAUGAUAUCAUGAAGGUGACCCAUGGGACGGAGCAUGCCCUGACUAAUGAGGUGAGGAGAAAACUGGCAGAGUGCCAGUCCGAGCUGGGUCGAGUCUAGCCUGAUCUGUGCCAUUGCAUAAGCCUGUGUCAUCAUCGCUCUGCCAGGAGACCAACUACGCCAGCUUUGCCACAGACACCAUGCCAUUGCUCCAAAUUCCUCCCUACACUUUCUUUUACACGUUGGCUGUCAAUCAAUGCUCCGCUAUAUUUGUUCUCAAAUGGAAUUUUUCUGGAUGGUUGCAUCGGCCACCUGCUCUUGUGCCGCUGUGCAUCAAACCCAAUGAACCCAAACACUGAAUACUUUUUUCAAUUUUUUGUACCAAGGGAGAGGGGGAAAAACAGCAUUGCUUCCUGCAGUGCUUCUUCAUUUCAGAAAAGAAAAGCUAUUAAUUCAAAUUAUUGUGUUUAAAAAUGUUUUGCAAUAAUGACAGUUGGGUGCUGCUACCUGCCCAGCAAAACAGCUGUUUUACAUCCAUUAGAUAAAUAUAUAAUAGAAUAUCUAUUGAAAUAUAAGAAGAAUUGGGGCACUCUACUUUUGCUUUAGACUACCAUAGAGACUGUAGGUGUUAAAUCUUAUUAGUAUUUAAAUGCAUCUUUCAGAUUAAGAGGUGCUUAAUGGAAUCUCUUUUUUUAGUCACUGUUCUGGGACAAAUAUAGUUUGUAGGCUUGUGUCUGGUCACUCGAGUAAUACAGUUAUUCAAGAAUAACAUUUCAUAUUGCCCUUUAAAGAUUGCUGUUUAGUCCUAUUUCAAGGAAAAGUAUUUACCAGAUUGAAAGGUCUUACAGAAUUGUAGACUAGACAAAGUAAAAGAAGAACUUUUUUGGAUUUGAUACAUGCUGUUUGGAGAACCUCGGGAAUGCCCAUGAACACUUACCAAACAAAUUACAGUGGGGUGGAGUAACUCUGGCAAGACUUGGCAUUUGUUUAGAUUUUAUAAACAUAUUUCAACAGCUGCUUUGAAUUUUCAUGCUCUUUUUUACAAUUUGUAUUCUUGCAGCUCAUGUAAGAUACUUUGAUGUGAUAUAUCGGUCAUUCCUACUAUGCAGUAUAUUUUCACGGUCUGAAUUUAUAUGUCUUAAUAUCCUGGAUAAACGAUUAAACUCACAAUAUUUAAAGUUCAUGUGUCUAAGCAGAUGUUACCAAUUUUAUCAUGUCCCCGGUUGCUACUAAUU